AUGAACUCGGUGGUAGAGGGAGAGAGGAAGAUCAUUAUCGAGUUCUGUCAUCUGUUGGAGAAGUCGAAAGUUCUAUUCAAUGGGUUAAGAGAACUACCACAGUAUGGCCACAAGCAAUGGCAAUCUUAUUUCGGGCGUACUUUUGAUGUUUAUACGAAGCUAUGGAAAUUUCAACAGCAACAUAGAGACAUCUUGGAUAGCAAAUACGGCCUCAAGAGGUGGCAAAUAGGAGAGAUAGCGUCGAAAAUAGGCCAGCUGUACUAUCACUUCUAUCUCAGGACUAGUGAAACGGCUUACCUACGGGAGGCGUUUUCGUUCUACCAAGCGAUCCGUGCCAGACGCUACUACACGCACGCGGUGAAGGAAGACAAAUGCGAACUUAUGGUCAAGAAAUUACGAUACUACGCUCGUUUCAUAGUCGUCUCAUUGCUCCUGAAUAGAUUGAAGUUAGUCGACGAUCUUAUACGGGAACUCGAUAACCAGAUAAUUGAAUAUGGUACCACUUACAAUGCUGAAGACCAGAUGGAAUGGACUGUCGUUGUGGACGAGGUCAAAGCGUUCCUUGAUGCUGAGCCAGCUGUCCAAGUUAUGUCCAACGACGUGCCGGCACCGGAUCUAUCCAAUAGAAUCCACCCCGACCACAUACCAUAUAUUGAAAGAGGGCCCCAUAUGCACCUUUCUUUGCAAGACGUCAUCAUUAUUGGUAGCAGCACACAGCAAGCGAAGUUCUCGGAAUUAACCAUAGACAUGUAUAGAAUCCUGCAGAUCCUGGAGAAGGAGCCCAUCGGGCCAGCACCCCAGGCCUUGACUGAGGAUAUGCAACCUCACGGACCGCCACCAGCACCACAUAGUACGUCACGAGGAUACGUCGUCGGAGACAGCUUCAGGCGGGACAACCCACACAAGUACCUGUUGUUUAAGCCAACCGCUCUGCAGUGCAUGGUCUAUCUAGCGAGCAGUUGCAACGAUUUGUCAGUCAACGGAGCCAUACUCCUAUACAUUUCAGCAGAUGGUUAUAUUCCUUCGCAUGCGAGGAACAACGAAAAUAUCACUGGUUACGAUGGCGGUGGAUUCAUCACAUCCGGGAAAUUAGAAUCGUCCCGGGAGUCCCGGGAAGCGCGGAGUGGACAGACACAGGAGAGGAGUAGGGGAAAAGACCAUUACCUACUAUAUCCUGGCGAUAUAUACCCCUUUACGAGACGACCUUUGUUCAUAGUCGUGGAGUCGAAUUGUUCUGAUCUUAUGCAGACUAUGCCCAGACAUUUUAACCAGCCCCUGGUAAUGCUGAUGUCGGCGCAAGAACUUCCAGCUGGCUUGGCAGAACGAAGUCACCAAGGAAACCUACUAACACUGUUUCUUAAUAAUCCGCUGAUGGGUUUCUGUAUGUCAUGCGAGGUUUACACAAUUGAAGAAGGCCUAUUGGACAUUUGCGAAAGUCUAGUUCUAGACUUCAUGUUCCAAUGCGUGCAGUUAAUACUGCGGAUAAGAAUCGAUAUGAAUUUUUUCGCCUUCAUGGGCGACGAAUUCCUUCGCACAAUCAUCCUACGGUACUUGUUCUGUGAAUGUUCGCUGCGUAUGAACAGAAACUUUCGAUCCCAAUCACAGAUCGUUCACUCGAUUCCGCCGAUGCCCGAAGAGUUACUAGCUCACUCUUCACUCGUGUCCAUCGUUCUUAAAAUCGCGGAUCAGCUGGGGGUGAGGAACCACUUCUCUGACAUCUCCGGCCCUGGCCCUGGAACGAGAGAACAGACUUAG